AUGAUUCCUGUGCGUGUCAAUGGGAGGUAUCGGCUGAAAGACAAAGUAGGGUCAGGUGCUUAUGGUGAAGUGUAUCAUGCAAGUGAUAUCAUUGGCGAAUGCUUGGAGCACAAGUAUAAUGUGCUCAGGCAACUUGGUGAUACUGUUGGCAUCCCCCAUGUCCACUGGUUUGGACGGGAGGACAGUUAUGAUGCCCUAGUCCUUGAUCAUCUUGGACAGUCGCUUGAGAGUGUAUUCAAGGCAUAUCAACACUCAUUCAGCCACAACACUAUAGUGUUCAUAGCUCAUCAGCUCGUCUGCCGCCUCCAGUACAUUCACUCCAAACACUUCAUUCAUCGCAACUUGAAGCCCAACGACAUUCUUAUCGGAACUGGCAAGGAUGCAGCACAAGAUUUUUCUUCUUUCACAUCCAUUAAUAGCCAUGCAGGUAUGGAGCUAGGACAUCGUGAUGAUAUCGAGUCCCUCGCAUACCUCUUAAUCUACCUAUUUUGUGGAUCUCUACCUUGGCUUUGCUGUAGUGGCAUCUCUGACAAGCAAGUUGUUGAGAUGAAGUACGAUACGAUGAAGUUGUGCCAAGACCUUCCUGAAGAGGUUGAACAGAUCCUCACCUAUUCAUGUUCCCUCUCGUUUGACCAGAAACCAGACUAUGCAUUCUUAUGUCGCCUUCUUCAGCGCAUCAACAUUGUUGACUUAAACGGUCUGCAGGUCUAUGUCACACAAUAA